CUUCCCGCCUUUGGGACAACGACUCACAUUUUUAGGGGGGAGACAAGAACAUAUCAUUAUAUACAGUUUCUCUGAUAUUUAUUAUGUAAUAUGCGUAUGUAAUACGCGUGCGCGCCACUGACUCACGCAUGCGUGGUGACAGUUUUGGAUCUAUCGCCGCCGGUGCAUUCACAAAGCAGGAAAGUGGUAAAGCAGUGAGGACAAUUCGUUUCUGUAACGUUAAUGUAUUUCAAACUUUACAGGAUUUAAACUUAAAUUGGUUCAGUCAAUACACCUAAGCUCGAGCCUUGACUCAUGGCACAGUUUGGGGGACAGAAGAACCCUCCUUGGGCGGCUCAGUUUGCUGCCACAGUGGUGUCCCAGCCCGGCCACUCAGGACAGUCCCUGGACCUCAAUAGCAUACACUCUCUAGGUGUGCAACAGCCAUCUCUCUUGGGUGCGUCUCCCUCUAUGUACUCCCAGCAGUCAGCCCUGGCUGCAGCCUCCCUCAACUCCCAGUCGGCUGCCGCUAACUACCAGUUGUCCCAGCAGACUUCAGCUCUGCAGCAGCAAGCCGCAGCCGCCGCCGCUGCAGCACUGCAACAGUCUCAAAUGAACUCCGCCCUGCAGCAGUAUCAGCAGCAACAGCAACAACAGCAGCAACAGCAACAACAGCAGCAACAGCAGCAACAACCUCCUCCACAGCAGCCUCCUCCUCAACAGCUCUAUAAUGUACCCCAUCAGCAACAUCAACAACACACAGACUUAUACGGGCUCCCCCAGCCCCAGCAAGCGCUGAUUUCACAGCCCCCUGUGGCUCUCCCCACCAGCCUCUCUCUGUCCAACCCCCAGCAGACAGCCCAGAUCACCGUGUCCUAUCCCACGCCUCGCUCUAGCCACCAGCAGCAGAGCCAGCAGCAGAGCCAGCAGCAAAGCCAGCCCCAGAAGCAGCGCGUCUUCACCGGCGUGGUCAACAAGCUGCAUGACACCUUUGGCUUUGUGGACGAGGACGUCUUCUUCCAGCUCAGUGCGGUGAAGGGGAAGACCCCCCAGGUGGGCGACAGGGUCCUAGUGGAGGCCGUGUAUAACCCCAACAUGCCCUUCAAAUGGAAUGCCCAGCGCAUUCAGACCUUACCUCAGCUGGSCAACCAAUCGCUUCAGCAGCAGCCCCAGUCCUUGCCUCCAGUUCCCCCACAGCUAAGCAGCUUCUAUGCUGACCCGGGGAUGCAUCAGCGCUACUCAGACAUGCACCCCGUUGGCAUGGACAGCAGACAAAAUAGUCAGCCUGGAGGCCCCAACAUGAUGAAGCUGGGCCCCAACAUGCUCCAGUCUCUGCCUCCCCCCAACAAUUUCAGUGUACAGGCCCAGGGCCCACCUCCCCUGCUCCAGGCCCAGCUCUCUGCUGCCUCCCUGGCCCCGCUCCUCCAGAACCCCCCUCCGCCCCUGCUGUCACAGCUACCACCCAAAGAUGUGUUCUCAGGAGGUCUGCUCCAGCCCCCAAGGAGGAUGAUGCCUCAGCCAGUCAGGCGUCUGGACCCCUCCCCCCGCUUCCCCAACCGCAACGACCGCCCUGAACUCAUCCUCAGGACCAAGGAUGAACGCAGUCGUGAAAGAGACCGUGAGCGCAGGAGGUCCAGAGAGCGCUCUCCCACACGUAAACGCUCCAGGGACCGUUCUCCGAGACGUGACCGGUCCCCCCGCCGCCCUCGCAGGGUGGUGCCUCGCUAUACUGUCCAGUUCUCCAAGUUCAGCCUGGACGGUUCUAACUGUGACAUGAUGGAGCUGAGGAGACGCUACCAGAGCCUGUACAUCCCCAGUGACUUCUUUAAUGCUGUGUUCACCUGGGUGGAUGGCUUCCCCCUGCAACGACCCUUCCAGUUCGGCAACUACUGUAACUUCCACAUCAUGCACAAGGAGGUGGACUCUCUGGUCAAAAACACUGCUGUGCUGGACCCACCCGAUGCCAACCACACAUACAGCGCUAAGGUGAUGUUGCUGGCCAACCCCAGUCUAGAGGAGCUCUACCAUAAGUCCUGUGCUCUGGCUGAGGACCCCCAAGAACUUAGAGACGCUUUCCAGCACCCCGCCCGCCUCAUCAAGUUCCUGGUGGGGAUGCGGGGUAAGGACGAGGCUAUGGCCAUYGGGGGCCACUGGUCCCCCUCCCUGGAUGGAGUGGACCCUGAGAAGGACCCGGCUGUGCUCAUAAAGACAGCCAUACGCUGUUGUAAGGCCCUCACAGGCAUAGACCUGAGUCUCUGCACUCAGUGGUAUCGUUUUGCAGAGAUUCGCUAUCAUCGCCCUGAGGAGACUCACAAGGGGCGGACAGUGCCCGCACAUGUGGAGACAGUGGUUUUGUUUCUCCCGGAUGUUUGGCAUUGUCUUCCUACCCGCUCAGAGUGGGAGGGGCUGUCGCGGGGACUCCGGGAGCAGCUGGCUGAGAAGCUGUCCGCCGAGAGGAAGGAGGCUGAUGGAGAACAGGAGGAAGAGGAGAAGGAUGAAGAAGAUUCGAAGGAGGUGACCACUCCGACACACUGGGCUAAGCUUGAUCCGAAAUCAAUGAAGGUGAAUGACCUUCGUAAGGAGUUAGAGUCCCGCUCCCUGAGCUCUAAGGGGUUAAAGUCCCAGCUGAUUGCCCGUCUCACCAAGCAGUUGAAGGUGGAGGAGCAGGUGGAGGAGGCCAAGGAGCCCGAGUUACCGGAGAGCCAGGCCCCGGAGGAGGAGGCUCCUCAACUCAUGGAGGAGGACAGAGAGGAGGAGGAGAGGAAGAAGCAGGAGGAGUUGGAGCGCCAGCGCAGAGAGAAGCGGUACGUCCUGCCAGACGAGCCCACCAUCAUCGUUCACCCCAACUGGGCGGCCAAGAGCGGAAAGUUUGACUGCAGCGUCAUGUCUCUGAGCGUGCUGCUGGACUACAGACUGGAGGACAACAAGGAACACUCCUUCGAGGUGUCUCUGUUUGCGGAGCUGUUUAAUGAGAUGCUACAGAGAGACUUUGGCUACAGGAUUUUCAAGGCCCUGGCCUCUGUGCCCUGCAAGGAUGACAAGAAAGACAAGAAGGUGAAGGCCAAGAAAGAGGCGGUGCAGAAAGAGGCGGUGCAGAAAGAGGCGGUGCAGAAAGAGGCGGUGCCGAAAGAGGCGGGGCAGAAGGGGGAAGUGAAGAAGGGCGAGGAGGAGAACGGAGAGCCGGCGAUGAAGAAGGCAAAGGAAGAGGAACAGGAGAGGAAGGAGGAUGGCGAGGAGGCGGACGACUCGUGCUGCAGAAGGAGGGCAAGAGGGGGUGAGAAGGAGGGUGAGGAAGGGGAGAAGGAGGAGGAUGAGAGCAACAACACCAAUGCUGAGGAGUACGACCCUCUUGGAGGCCAAGACGACGACGAUGAAGAUGGUACACAUGAUAAUCCUGUCCUCUCAUUCUGCACUGACACGUUCCUCUCCUGUCCUCUCAUUCUGCCACUGACACGCUCCUCUCUCUGCCUUCUCAUUUCUCCACUGACACGUUCCUCUCCUCCCAGGAUAUACGACACACACACACUGGCUUACAUCUGGUCCAGAGCGCAGGUAUAUACACACACUGGGUUACCAUCGUUCCAGAGCCCAGGUAUAUACACACACUGGGUUACAUCGUUCCAGAGCCCAGGUAUAUUACACACAACUAGGGUUACAUCUGUCCCAGAGCCCCAGGUAUAUACACACACUAGGGGUUACAUCUGUCCAGAGCCCAGGAUAUAUACACACACACUGGGGUUACAUCUGUCCAGAGCCCAGGUAAAGAAGUUGUUGAACAAGCCGGUGGUAAGAGAGUCGUGUUACUACCGUAAACUAACGGACGCAGCUAAAGACGAGGCUGCUCCUUCCUUCAGUGAAGGCCUGCUGGACAACCUGCUAGGUAACCGUGCGUUGCUGCCCAUGUUUGUGUCUCGUGGCCAGGCAGCGCAAGCGGAGGCUAGUGAGUCAGGAGGCAGCAGUCUGAUAGUGUAUAAUGGAGCCAUGGUGGAUGUGGGCAGCAUGAUGCAGAAACUGGACAAGAGUGAGAAGGCCAGGGAGGAGAUUGAGCAGAAACUAAUGGUGCAGGACUCCAAAAUGGUCGAGGACACCAAGCAGAUCCUCCAGCUGGUAUCUGCUAAUAGAGUCCUGUCUAAAGAUCUGGAGGAGGUGAAGGGAACCCUGGGCCAGACAGAGAACAACCUCAGGACCACAGAGGAACAGAACACGGUCUACCACAACCAGCUUAGCAAGACACUUAACAACCUGGGCAAUGCCAUGAAUGAACUUCAGGUAGUCCUCAAGAAGGACGUUCCCACAGAAGCCACCCCUGACCAAAUAUCCCAAACAACUAAUGGUUCAGACGAAGUAAUGAAGGAGUUGGACAAUGAAGGUUGUGCAACAGGGAUGAUGAUGGUGAUGAAUUCCUGGAUGAGAGCAAAACUUGAGAAAUGAGCCCAAAGCAGCCUACUGCAUUMAAUUUUUCUAUUGAAAAUUGACUAUGGUUGUCCUGUGCAGAAUUAAAAGUGGUCAAUUUUAUUGUU